UGGCCCUGCAGCACAAGCAGCAGCCCGGCCUCCUGUUUUCCACAUGCCAACUGACUGCCUGUGAUUCCAGCUUAGCCCAGCACUUGGCUCUGCACUGUCAGCUGCCGGGGGGGCAGCCUUGAACCAAAUGGGCAUGGAUGGGGGUGAAAGUGGAGGUGCUGAGCCCCAGAGCACACAGCCCGUGGGGCAGGCAAUAGCUAGGGGUGCAGGGAAGAGGUGCGGUGUCCAUGGAGCACCUAGGCCCGUGCGGCAGGUGAUGGCUGUGACAAGCAGCAUGUGAGGUGACCGACAGAGCUGUCACUGCUGCCUGCCAUGUCUCCAGCCCAGGGGCCAACCCCUGAGCUGCUCACGGAUCCCUAUGAGAGCUUCAUGCACCACCAUCUCCAGUACUAUGGCUACUUCAGAGAUGAGGAGCAAGCAGUGGAGAACAGCUCCCCUGUGCGGCAGCUGCCCAGGCCACAGAGCUCGGACUCGCUGCUGGCACGGGAGGCCCUCCAGGAGAGCGGUGGAUCAGACCUCGAGUCCCUUCAGGACAACGGGAAGAAGCUGAUCUGUUCGCUCAUGCUGGAGGCGGCCCUUCUCAAGAGCAAACAGCUUCUCUUCAGCCACCUCGAGGGCCCUGGGGUGCGGCGCCUGCGGGAGCCACGGGGUCUCUUUGCUGUGCCCAUCUCGCAGGGCCCCCUGCAGGCCCCCCGCUGGCCCGUGGAGUGCGAAGUCAUCGAGGAGCAAAUCCAGCACAUCGAGUGGGUGCCGCCUGAACCGGAGCCCUUCUACCAGCCCACAGGAAAUGAGCCGGUCCCACUAAUUGUGGGGCAGGCGAAAGGAACCGUGGUCUAUCGCAUACGCCCAGCGGCCAAAGGCUCCUAUUUCACCUGCUCCCGCGUUGGAGGCGCACAAGGGCCCAUCAUGUCACGUGCCGUCAGCUUGGAAGGUCCAGAGGACAUCACCCUGCUCUUUGAAUCCAGGUUCGAGAGCGGGAACCUCCAGAAGGCCGUCCGAGUAGGCCCGUACGAGUACGAGCUGACGCUGCGCACGGACCUGUACACCAGCAAGCACACCCAGUGGUUCUACUUCCAGGUCAGGAACACCAGGAGCGACGUCACCUACCGCUUCUCCAUUGUCAACCUGAUGAAGCCCAAGAGCCUGUACAGCAUGGGGAUGAAGCCGCUCCUGUACUCGGAGCGGGACGCGCAGGAGCACGGGGUGGGCUGGCGGAGAGAGGGGAGCGACAUCCGGUACUUCCGGUGCAGCUCCGAGGAGGGCCAGGCCUUGUACUGCCUGACGUGGACGGCGCGCUUCCCCCACGACCACGACACCUGCUACUUUGCCCACUUUUACCCCUACACCUUCUCAGACCUGCAGCGCUACCUGCUGGCACUGACCAGCGACCCGGUCCGCUCACAGUACUGCAAGCUGCGCGUCCUGUGUAGCAGCCUCGCCGGCAACACCGUCUACCUCCUCACCAUCACUAGCCCAUCCCGCAACCCCGCCGCCAUGGCCGCCAAGAGGGCUGUGGUGCUGAGCGCCAGGGUGCACCCCGGGGAGACCAACGGCUCGUGGGUGAUGAGGGGCUUCCUGGACUUCAUCCUGAGCGACUCUCCCGAUGCUCAGCUCCUCCGCGAGCUCUUCAUCUUCAAGGUGGUGCCCAUGCUCAAUCCAGACGGGGUGAUCGUGGGGAACUACCGCUGCUCGCUGGCCGGCAGAGAUCUCAACCGCAACUAUCAGACCAUCCUGAAGGAGUCCUUCCCCUGCAUCUGGCACACCCGGAGCAUGAUCCAGAGAGUCCUGGAGGAGCGGGAGGUCCUGCUGUACUGUGACUUCCACGGCCACAGCCGCAAGAACAACGUCUUCAUGUACGGCUGCAACAACAAGAGCUCGCCUGCCCAGCGGCUCCACGAGCGCGUCUUCCCGCUCAUGCUCAGCAAGAACGCCCCUGACAAGUUUUCUUUCCACAGCUGUAAGUUUAAGGUGCAAAAGAGCAAAGAAGGGACGGGACGGAUUGUCAUGUGGAGGAUGGGUAUCCCCAACAGCUACACCAUGGAGUCUACCUUCAGCGGCUCCACUCUGGGCAGGAAGAGCGACUCCCACUUCACCUCGGAGGACCUCAAAUCUCUGGGCUAUCACGUCUGCGACACGCUCCUGGAUUUCUGUGACCCCGACCGCUCCAAGUUCCUACAGUGUCUGUCCGAGCUCCAGGACCUGCUGCAGCAGCAAAUCCAUGGGAAGCUGCAGGAGCUGGGGCACGAGCAGGACUCAGCUGGCGCCUGGAGCGACCUCUCCCUGUCAGACAUGGAGUCCAGCACCAGCGGCUCCAACAGCUCCCAGUCCGAUGGCCUCCCUGCUCAUCUCAAUGUGACGGAGAAGGUCCCGCAGAAGCAGAAGAAGAAGAAGAAGAAGAAGCGGGGGAUGAGUCCCCUGUGGCGGUGGCUGACAUGA